CUAAGAUCUGUACUCUGACAUUUAUUGUGCUGAUGCAUAACAUUGCGAAUUAGUUAUCUUGUUGUUUGUCUGGUUGACCGUGAAAUUCUUUGUAGUAUUAUGAAAUCCUCAGGUUUAGUUCUGUGAGUUACACUUGACAUUGUCAGCAAUUCUGUUCCUUGGGGGCCGAAACGAUAUUGUCCUGAAAUGGUGCAAUCUUCGACUUGGAGUGGAAUUUGGCCGCAAUGAUAGGAAUGGAAUUGAAGACGCGCAAUUGUAGUGGAUGUGGUAGAACAAUGUUGUGGAGCUGGAUAAAAGGAUACAAGGUGCUGGAGUAACUCAGCAGGUCAGGCAGGGUCUCUGGAGAACAUGGAUAGGUGAGGUUUCGGGUCGAGACCCUUCUUCAGAUUGGUAGGAUGGUACAAAGUGAGAGGUAAAUAGCAAAAGGUGCUAGAAAGCAGAUAUUUUGCAAGUUGUUCAACGGAUUGUCAUCAGCGCAGCGCGCUCCGUGUCGUUGAGCUGUCUGGUUGAUUCUGCAGACAAUCCCGUGUCGGGAUGUGCGAUCCGCGCUGAGGCAGGGACAGUUGUAUGGUCUUGGCAUUCAGGCGCACUGCUCGGCUCUCCGCUCCACCAGCUGUCUUGAAGUUCCUUUGGGCACCGCCCGGGAAGGGGAAUGGUUGGGUGGCGGGUGCAAGUUUGGCAUCUAUUCUUCCACAAUGUUCCUCCAGCCUGAUCAAGAGGAUUUCUCUACACUGGACACUGUUACCCGAGUCAGAGUUUGUGGAUUGAGGGCAUAGCACGGAUAAUCCAGGCAAUGCAGGAGAGAGGUGGCAAAAUGCCCACCUGCCCUCUCAUGAAAACCUCGAACAAGAGCCCACCGGUGGUCACUGGUUCAACGGAUGGUAUUGGAAAAGCGUAUGCACAUGAGUUGGCCAAGCGUGGUUUAAACAUUGUACUCAUAAGCAGGUCUUAUGAGAAGCUACAAAAGGUUGCAGAUGAAAUUGAGCAAGCCACAGGAAGAAAUGUAAAAAUAAUUCAGGCAAAUUUUAGUAACACAGACAUUUAUCAGCACAUUGAAGAAAAUCUGAGAGGCCUUGAAGUUGGGAUUCUGAUAAACAACGUCGGAAUACUCCAGGAACCAAAUCCAUGUAGAUUCCUUGAAAUGAAUGACAUGGAUAAGACCAUCAAUGACAUGAUUGCUGUUAAUGUGGUAUCUGUGGUUAAGAUGACUCAACUUGUUUUGCCGAUGAUGAAAGAUCGACAAAAGGGUUUGAUCCUGAACAUUUCAUCUGGAGUGGCAAAUAUCCCAUGCCCCCUUUACAGUUUGUACUCAUCUACUAAGAUCUUUAUCGAAAGAUUUUCCAGAGGCUGUCAAGCAGAAUAUGGAUCAAAGAACAUUAUUAUACAGUGUUUAAUGCCCUUUGGUGUGGUUACUAAGUUGUCAAAAUGUAAGCCUGGAAUGAAUACAGAGACUGCUGAAGAUUUUGCGAGGAAGUCGUUGGAUUGUGCCUUACUUGGGGAUCGAUGCGCUGGUUGUCUGGUACAUGAUAUACAGGCCAUCGUUAUCAGAAAAAUCCCGCUAUGGUUUCUUUUCAAUGAAGCAUUUUUGAAUAAAUGUAUAGAUUUUGCAAAAAGGUCCAGAGGUUCGAGCAAAUAAUAAACCCCAGAGAACACUCUUCAUCCAAUCCAUUGUGAUUUACAGACCAACAACAUCACUACUGGAUAUAGAUUAUAUCUUUGUUGGACAAUAUUUGAUGUAUUUUUUCUGAUUAAAAAAUAAUGAUAGACGUAUUUUUUCAUCAUUCAUGGGAUGUUACUCUCUGUAAAGGCAUUGACCGUUUGAUGCAUGUAUCUGAGGAGACUGAUCGUCGGUCUCAUAAGGGAGAAGUUGGGGGAUAGUGGUGGUGGAAUCAAUAAUAAUGUGCAUGGGAAAGGGAUUGAAUGUAUGUGGACAUGAGGUGUCAUGGAAUAGGCAGUUUUGCCAUGUUUAUCGCCUUUCUUAAAUUGCCGAACCGAGGGGAAUUUCUUUAAUUGCCCUCCAUAUUUACCAGGACAUCUCAUGAGAGGUUAACAGCUAAACAAAUGACUAUGGAUCUGGAGAACACUUUUGCCUGACAAUACAACAAAAACAAAUUCAAUCUUAUGAGGUAGGGAAGUAAACACUUGGAUUUCUGUGACAAUCCAGAAACAGCAUUGCCCCAUUACUGAUACUAGCUAUAUGUUCCAGAUGGUGUUGAUUCAUGAUACAUAGAUAUAUUCAAGUGAGAGUUAGAUAUAGCUCUCAGGGCUAACAGAAUCGAGGAAUAUGGAGAAAAAGCAGAAACAGGGUACUGAUUCUGGAUGGUCGGCCAUGGCUCGAAGGGCCGAAUGGCCUACUCCUGCACCUACUUUCUAAUGAAUUCAUUCAAUAACUUAAUUAAUUCCCUGGGUCUUAUGAUCAGACUUGAAUUUUCAUUAGAAUUGUAAAACCAUUAUAGGAUUGUCCAAUUUAGAUGCCCCACGUGUUUUGGAAAAGCCACAUUGAUUAAGAGUAUCUGCCAAAGAUUUGUCAUGUAAGUUGAAAUUCCACCUGUAACACAUGAUGCAGAUGGACCAUUCACAGCUUUAAAAUACUGCACCUCAGGGGAGUGCCUAUUCAUUGUUCCUUCAUCCAUCCUUCCCAAGACUUUCGCUCAUUAAUAUGCUAGCAGGGUUAUCUAAGAUUUUGGAACAACUCGGGUAGCACAGUGGCACACCUGGCAGAACUGCUGCCUCACAGCAUCAGAGACCAGGGUUCAAUCCUGACCUUGGCUGCUGGCCGUGUGGUGUUGGCAUGUUCUUCCCGUGACUGUAAGGUUUCCUCUGGAUGCUCCGGUUUCCUCCAUGUCCCAAAGACAUAUACGUUUGUAGGUUAAGUGGCCCCCAUAAAUUGCCACUAGUUUGUAAGAAUGGGUUAACAUAGAACGAGUUUGAGUGGGUGAUCAAUGGUCACCGUGGACUCAUGUGGGCUGAGGAACCUGGUUCCAUGCUGUAUCUCUGAACUGAACUAAAGCUCCAAGACUGUGUCUUUCAACUCGGUCACAGUACCAUCCUCAAUAUUUUAUCUACUUCACAUCCUUGGGUGGGCGGCGUGACUCACGUCGCAGCCGCCUCUGCAGUCCAUCUGCCUUUUUAAAUUUUUUUGUUUUUUGUCUCGUUUGAGUGUAGUUAUAGUGGGUUAUUUUAACUGGGUAUGUGUGUGGGGGGCGGGGGGGUGAGGAAACUUUUAAAAUCUUUUCCCUGUACGGAGGACCCGGCCUUUUCUCUGUCGGGUCUCCGUUGUCGUUGGGGCCUAGCACCGUGGAGCGGGCCUCCAACCGGAAUGACCGGGGGCUCCAGUCGCGGAGCCUGCAGACUUACUUAACAUCGCGGGGCCUUACAUCGCCCGGUGCGGCUUUAAAUGUCCGCGGGACUUGCUAGCGCACGCCGGGGGCUCCAACAUCAAGACCCGGAGCGUGACCUUGCAUCGCCCGGCGUGGCUUUAAUGGCCGCAGGACACUUACCAUCGCCCGCCGGGGGCUUUGACUGACAUCGGGAGGAGAAUCUGUAGUGCAGGGGAGAGAUAAGACUUUGCCUUCCAUCACAGCGAGGAGGAGGUUCGCUGUGAUGGAUGUUUGUGUAAAUUGUGUUGUGCAUUGGUUCUUCUACUUGUUUGUAUGAAUGCAGAAACCAAAUUUCGUUUGAAACUCAAUGAGGUUCAAAUGACAACAAAUAAAUUGUAUCAUUAUAUCAGU